AUGCCUCUCCACAAUCACUCCCAGCGCCAAUUCCCAAGAUCCGGACACCAACACCCGAUGCCGACGCUAGGUCUUCUACGAGGUCGGCACCCCGACUACGAUGUGCCCCCUCUGCCCAGCCGACAGACAGUUCGACUGCACCCACCCCCUUUGAUCGGCGCUCUUCGCCCUCGUCAGACUGUACAGAUGGGCGAAUUGCUCAUAGCUCGGCUCCCCUGCACCCGCUAUGCCGAAGGCCGUUACGUCCCCAAGAGUGUAAUCCAAAAAUUUGGAUUAAACUGCCUAGGGGCGUAG